CGUUACAUGUGUUCGGUCAGAUCGAGCAAGUUGUGUGCUUAAACAAAACACUCCAGGGCCCCCACGCGGCAGGAGAUCCAUUUUUUUGAAAAACAAAGGGUAGCGUUUAGUAUAGCAACGCAGAGAGCGACAGUCCAGCAUAGGUGCGUGCAUGCAUGCACGGGGCUCCGAUCGAGACCAGGAAUAAUCGCCAUCGGCGUUGCGUUGGUGCAUGGGCUGGCUGCAUGAUAACAACUUUCCCCUGUUCCGCUGUCUUCUCCGGCCAUCAUCCAUCCACCUCAAUCAAACCCCGUCCCCCGAUGCACAUCUCCAUCUCCAUCUCCAUCUCCAUCUCCAGCACUUCGAAUUUCUCGAUCCCGUCUGUGCUGAGCACCUGCUGCUGCUGUUCUCUGUUCUCUGCUCUGAAAUCGGGUUCCCCUCGCAUGACACUCUGCUCUCCAGUGGAACUCGGUACCACCACGAGUCUGAAAUCCCGGGGUUCCGGGUUUCCCGGUCUCAGUCACCCUCCUGUGCUCCUCCUACUCCUACUAGUAGCCAGCAUCAGUCGACCACUCUCACCUUAACUACGCCCACCUGACAGCCAUCGCCCUCUCCCCGUCUCAAACUUUCAAACCCCGGCUCUGUUCCCUCCCAGCACCACAGGCAAGCAACACCUCGUUGCACUCUUACCAUCAGUCAAUCGAGCUAGAUUGAUCCGAAGGGAUGAAGUGGUACUCGCGGAGCCGGUCGGUGCCGGCCACGCCGAGGGGCCUCCCGGCGGACGCCAUGGCCGGGAACCCCGGCCCGGGAUGCAUGUCCAUGGUGCACUACCUCAUCUUCGCCCCCGGCGCCGGCUGCGUCGGCCGCCCUCCCUCCUCCUCCUCCUCCAACGACUCCACCGCCGUCGUCUCCGGCUCCCACAAGCUCGGCUCUCCCUCUCCCGCCGCCCACGAGAAAGGGCUGGAGGCGCCGAGGAACAGCUUGGAGCUGGACGCCGACCAGCUCAGGGAUAUUCAGAUUGGCGUGCAGGUCGAGCCGGCGUUCGACGCGCUGGCGGUGGCCGGGAGGAGGAGCACCGGGAGCAGGGCCACCGCGCCGCCGUCCGAGGCCGGCACGCCGCGCACGCCCAGCCUCGUCGCCCGCCUCAUGGGCAUCGACGGCCUCCCCGACGACGCCUGCUCGCCGUCGCCGGGCCUCAGGAAGGGCAAUAACAAUCCCAGGGCCGCGGCGGCGGCCGUGAAGGAGAAGAAGAAGCGGGUCAUCCCGGAGUCCAUGAACCGGCAGCCGCUGCGGAGCCUCAGCUGCAAUGUUGGUGCCGGCGACGCCAGGUCGCUCCCGGACACGCCGCGCGCGUCCGCGUCCUCGGCCAGGACGGCCUCGGCGUGGGACGUGGUGGACCGGCCGCGGCUGUCGUUGCAGGUGCUGAAGGAGAACGUGCUCGACCGGGCGGCGCAGUACAUGUCCAUGCCCACGUCGCCGACGUCGGCGAAGAAGAAGAAGGAUAGGAAGGACAGGGACGCGGGAGGCCACCACCGGCGCGACGCCAAGGAGCACGCGCGCGAGAUCGUCAGGCAGGCCAAGGAGACCGUCACCAACCGCAAGUCCGGCGGCCAGAAGCCGACGACGGCGAGCGCGGCCGGCAACGACGACAAGGAGAACGCGGUUCCGUUUGCGGUGGAGGACAAGAAGAUGGUGGCGGUCCAAGUUCAAGCAACGGCAGGCUCCAUCGUCACACCGACCGCGCCGCUGCCGCCGCCGCCGAAAGCACAAGCCGAUCAGCAGCAGCCACACGCCCCGAGGCUUCCACCGCCCCCGCCGCCCAUGCGCGCGAAACCGUCGCGGCCACCCCCUCCGCCACCGCCACCGCCACCGGAUCAUCCAAUUCCAACGACGCCGACCAGAGCGGCGCCGCUGUCGCCGCAGGCCGUCCAGUGCAAGCGACCGCCGGACGGGUGCGAGCGCUUCGCGACGCGGGUCAAGAAGGCGCCAGCCGAGACGACGAUUGAAAAGGCGGCACCACCGUCGUCUCCCUCCGCAGUCGCAGGAGCCACCGCGCCGGCGGCGAGCUCGCACGCACGCGUCGUCGACCAGCACCACCGCCGCAGAUUACUUCCUCCCGUCGUCGCGUCCACAUCGCCGUCGUCGUCGUCCCUGGAGGACGACCCCGAGUACGGCUACCUGCGGACAGUGCUGGAGCGCGGCGGGUUCAUGCGGGCAAUGCCGCCGCCGAGCCGGCCGUUCAAGGGCCACUCCAUGUCGUCCCCGGUGGACCCGAUCGUGUUCCACCUCCUGGAGCUAGACCUCCCCGCAGACGACACCGACGACCGCCGCCAGGGCCCGCUCCGGCACCGGUGGAACCGGAAGCUCCUCUUCCACCUCGCGCAGGAGAUCCUCGCCGACCUCCUCCACCUCGACGGCAACGUCGCCGCCCCCGCAACAAGACCCCACGGACCAGCGCUGCUGUCGAAGGUGUGGAGCACGGUGAAGGCGUUCCCGGCGGCGGACUGCAGGGUGGUGGGCGACAUCGACGCGCUGGUGGCGAGGGACCUGAGCUCGGCGAGCGUGCGCGGGCUGGCGCGGCACCCGGCGGUGGCGGAGGAGGCCGGCGACGUGGCGGAGGACGUGGCGGAGCUGGUCCUGGACGCGCUCCUCAGGGAAUCUCUCCCUCCGUCCUGGUCGCGGUCGCCGUCACGUGCACCGAGGUAGCCGUUGGGGGCAGGCGGGUGACGCCGGGUGACGUCGCCGGAUCCCAACGGAAUCAGCGGGGGACGGCCGGGCGCUGACACCCAUGCGACCGUACCAACCGACCGACCGCCGCUGUCGCACCCUCAGAUCACUGUUGGACGGCCACGAUUACGACGGGUGGCAGAGGCUGCUGGCGUGCGUGCGCGUGGGUUUUACUGCUCCUGGUAGUACUUCUGCAUGAGUUAGUACUCCUGGAGUACUACAGUUAUUUUUUUCUCUGUUUUCUUUUUAAGAUUGCAGGUGUACAUAAUCGGUCUCAUCUUGUAAUUUCGUUCAACAGCAUCAUGAUACACUUUUCUUCUCA